CGCGUGCCACGGCACAAAGGGCACGCUUGGUUUAUAUCAGCAAAGGAGGGCCGUUCUCUGGAAUAUAAAGAAAGACCUAGAAGCAUUCCUCUCUUUUCUUUCUUGACCAAACAGUUUUCGCCGAUUGCCUUUUGAUCCCAGAUCUCCGCAAGGCCUCGUUUGCUUUCCGCUCACGCAUGGCGACUUUUGACGAAGCUCCUCCGGGAAAUGUCGCUGCCGGUGAGAAGAUCUUCAAGCAGAAAUGCGCCCAGUGUCACACCGUUGAUAAAGGCGCUGGCCACAAGCAAGGGCCCAACUUGAACGGACUAUUCGGCAGACAAUCUGGUACCACUCCUGGUUACUCUUACUCUGCUGCGAACAAGACCAAGGCUGUCUGCUGGGAAGAGAAAACGCUAUAUGAUUACUUGCUCAACCCUAAGAAGUACAUUCCUGGAACAAAGAUGGUUUUCCCUGGAUUGAAGAAACCUCAGGAUCGGGCAGAUCUCAUAGCUUAUCUGAAGGAAUCAACUGCCUGAAUUGUGUUUUGUAGCCAAAGGAGAUUUUUUUAGUAGUAAUGGAUGGAUAGACACCCAUUACUCCGGUUUCAAAUUCUUUUGCCAAUAAUACCGAACCAUCAUAAACUGUCUUUGUGACUUUAUUCUUCCUCUGGUCUGGUUGAAUUACAGGCCAAGAGAAGAUUGGCUUUAUCUACUGUAUGACUUCUUAAAACUCUAUAUUUCAAGUUUUUUGCUACUUCGAAAUUCGAAUGCACUACUAUUCAUUGCAUCAGGGAGAAAAUGCAUCUUUACUCUACAUUCGAUGCAGUUGUUUGCAUCUUUUAAACUAGCUGACUUGAAAAUUUCUG